AUGACCGCGGAGUCUCUCGCAGCUCAACGACAGAAAGAUCUCCAAAACUCCCGAAAUAGUCACGCUAGGAUAAAACGAGUAGCCCAAGAUCACAAGGCCCUGAAUCACAAGAUAGCCGAUCUCGAAUCCCGUAUAAGUACCGUUCAGACGUCUCUGACUAUGUCCGAAGAGGAGCAAAUUGAACUGUUCAACGCGUGGGCGCAAGCGAAAGCUGAGAGAGGGAAGGAGGAUUCCCAGUUGGAAUUCGAUAAGGUGCUGGACGGGCAAACCAGCAACGACAACUAG